AUGAAAAACUCAAGGAAUCAAACUGUCAUCUCCCAGUUCCUCCUCCUGCGCCUGCCCAUCCCCCCAGAGUACCAGCACCUUUUCUAUGCCCUGUUUCUGGCCAUGUACCUCACCACUGUCCUGGGAAACCUCAUUAUCCUUAUCCUCAUUCAACUGGACUCUCAUCUCCACACACCCAUGUACUUGUUUCUCAGCAACUUGUCCUUCUCUGACCUCUGCUUUUCCUCUGUCACAAUGCCCAAGUUGCUGCAGAACAUGCAGAGCCAAGUUCCAUCUAUCUCCUAUGCAGGCUGCCUGGCUCAACUGUACUUCUACCUGUAUUUUGCAGACCUUGAGAGUUUCCUUCUUGUGGUCAUGGCCUAUGACCGCUAUGUGGCCAUCUGCUUCCCCCUUCAUUACAGCAGCAUCAUGAGCCCCAAGCUCUGUGGGAGUCUGGUGGUGCUGUCCUGGGUUCUGACCACAUUCCAUGCCAUGCUGCACACCCUGCUCAUGGCCAGACUCUCUUUCUGUAAGGACAAUGUGAUUCCCCACUUCUUCUGUGACAUAUCUCCUUUGCUGAAGCUGUCGUGCUCUGACACACAUGUUAACGAGCUGGUGAUAUUUAUUAUGGGAGGGCUUGUUAUUGUUGUUCCAUUCCUACUCAUUGUUGUGUCCUAUGCACGAAUUGUCUCCUCCAUUCUUAAGGUCCCCUCUGCUCGAAGUAUUCACAAGGUCUUCUCCACCUGUGGUUCCCACCUGUCUGUUGUGUCACUGUUCUAUGGGACAAUUAUUGGUCUCUACUUAUGUCCAUCUGCCAGUAAUUCCACUGUGAAGGAGACUGUCAUGGCUAUGAUGUACACAGUGGUGACUCCCAUGCUGAACCCCUUCAUCUACAGCCUGAGGAACAGGGAGAUAAAGGGGGCCCUGGGAAGAGUUCUUUGUAAGAAGAAAAAUCCCUCCUAUCUGUGA